GAUACGAAAAUAAAAAUAUUUCGCGCUUUGUAUUCUUUACAAAAUAGCAUAAAUUCAAUUCACAAUUUAAUGCUGUGCAAACUACAAUUCAACUUGUAUAAUAACCUAGUGAUUUGUUACAAGAAAACCAUUUCUUUUUAUGUAAUCUAACAAACACAAACGCGCAUUGAACACUAAGUAAAAUUAACGCUAUUCUAAAAAGAAUGAAUGAUUCUGCCGAUGUUAUUAGUGAUUUCGAAGAGAUCUUGAAGAACAACACCAAGAAGCAACCAUUGGCAUUAUACAGAGACCAAAAAAACAAGGAUAGACCAAAUACUCAAGGUCAUUCUUCUAACUUAAUUCAAGAUGUGAUUUCAAGUGUUUCCCACCAAAUCAAAGCCUUUCAACAUGCAGACAGUCUUGUUCCCAGUAAACAGAACAGAUAUAAAUUGGAUAAGUACAAGAAAUCUACAUUUUUAACUGUGAAUAUUUUGUCACAACAUUUUGAGGAACCACACAAGCCACCCGCAGCCAAAUUCGAGACCCAGUUGGUCUCCGACAGUCAACUCAUUCAUAUAAUCGACAAUGCAGAAGCCCUGGCCAAUAAUGGUAUCACACAAGAAUUUGAUUGUACAUUCUCUCAGACGGAUCUACAGAAACAUGUUCUAACCGAACACAACGAUAGCCACGAUAAAGAAAUUAACAAUAAACUUAACGAUGACGGUUCUAGCAUUUCUAAUAAUGAUAUUGAGAUUAUUAAUAAAGAAGUUGAUAGUCCUGUAGUUAAGGAUAAUAAUCAAGAAAUGGAAACAGCUGACAAUAAAUCAACUGUUGGUGAUGAUGAAAUACUUAUUUGUAGUAAUAAAACACAAAAUGAUACACAGCUAAAUGAUAACUGCACAGAAAUGCUCAACAAAUGUCUAGAAAUCGAGACAAAUAUAAACGAACUAGACACAGAUGAUAAAGACGAUGAAGAAAUCCAACUUAGUCUUGUAUUUGAAACUAAGAAGUCUAAAACACCAUCGCCUUUAGUGUUUGAUUUAAGUAAAUUUGAAAGUUUCGAAAAAAUAGCAGUUCCAAUCGUAGAAGAGAGCGCAGACUUUAAAUCCGCUAAAAAACUGAUAAACUCGCAAAUAAUAGGAAAGGAACUGUUUAUACAGAGUGAAAUACCACACGAAGUAAGCUUGAACGAGGAAGUAAGCCCCGUCCUCAAAAUCAGUGCAGAAAGGCUUAAAAUCACCAAAACUGUGCAAGCUAAAUUACAUUUUGAAGAACAUAGCACCAAAGCUCAUAAUCCUGUUGAGAUUAGUAAAGAAUCUGAUGAUGUGUUCUUAAAGGAUGAAAUUCUAUUUAGCAGUGAUGAAGAAAAUGAGUAUUUACAUAAAGAAUUCCAUGAUAUACCCCUCACUUGUGCACUAGAGACGUCAUUUUACGAACAACCGGAUAUGCUGGACAAAACAAUGUAUGUUGGGUUUCAAACAGCCAGCAAUAGGUCUAUACAAAUAUCUGCAGAAUCUUUUUCGAAAGCAAAAAGUAUACUAGACGAUGUAGAUAAAGAAUCUAAAGUAACAUUAACUGAUUUGGUAGACAGUUUCACAGCAAAACAUGAUAUGACACCACAGUCAAAAAUAAACUCUAAAACGAGUGAUAUAAAAUUGAAUUUCGAUGCAGCAGUUCAAGAAAACAGAAGUGACUUGAUUGAAAAAGAAAUAGACAAUCUGAAGCGACCAGAUAAGCGGAAAUUCGAAGGUUUUAUGACAGCUAAUAGGAAAAAAAUCAAACUAUCAGAUAUGGCAUUAGCUAGAUGCAAAAGGGUAUUUCAAGAUAUUGAUAUUGAAGAAAAUUUCGAUGUGGAAGAUAGUAGCAAUGUUUCAGAAAAACAAGACUUGAAAAUAGAAGAUAAAGUUAAUAAUGACAAAAUAGAGACAAACCCACAGAUAGAUGAUGAUAUACUGAAUGAAUUUGCUCAUGAUAUGUCUCUAAUUAAUGACGAAAACGACGAAGUGAUUAAAAAAUCUGGUGCUGAUGUUAAUACAAAGAUAAAGUUCUUUGAUCGCAUCGAUUUUAGCGACCGUGUUCUUGAAAGCAAGUUAGAAGAUGAAAUUGCCACGAAAGAACCUUCAUCUUGUAAGGAUAAGCAUAUAAAAGAAGUAGAUUCACACACAGUUUUCAUGGGAUUCAAAACUGCUAGUAACAAUGAGAUAAAUAUAUCAUCAAAAGCCUUGGAAAAGGCCAAAAAUCUAUUUGAAGAUAUAAAGGAUGAUGAUAGUGCUGAUUUUACUUCAGCUAAUAUUAAGAAAACUACUACUGCUGCUUUUGAAAUGGAAGAUCUUAAUCAGCCAUCUACCAGUAAAGGUUUUGGGGGAUUUAAGACAGCAAGCAAUAAGAAUAUCAAAGUAUCCAAUGAAGCUUUAGUUAGAAGCAAAAGCAUUUUUCAAGAUAUUAUUACUGAACCAUGUGAAUCUGAACUGAGACCUAUAGAAAUACAUAAAAGUCCAUCUCUUGGUUUCAAAACUGCCAAUAAUAAAGCUAUUAGAAUUUCUAAUGAGGCCUAUUUAAAAACUAAAGAAAUUUUCAAAGUUAUUCAAUUUGAAAAUACUUCUGAAAUUCGAGAUAAUAUGAAUAGAUCAGAGAAAACAAGCACUAAAGAUGUCUUUAAAGAUAUUUACGUCGAUAAUGCUUCUGACGCACAAGAUAAUACGAAUAGUGAAGAGAAAACAAGCAACAGAAAGUCAGCAAUAGAUUCAGAUCAAAUUAAAGAUUUCGAUGACGAAUUCAAUGAAGCGUUUGACACUCAGCUGUUAGAUCUAGAAAAAGUACAUAUUCCAGAUCUUUGUGGCUUCAAAACUGCCAGCAAUAAGCCUGUUAAUAUUUCUGACAAAGCCUUAGCUCAGAGCAAAAACGUGUUUAAAGAUUUGAGACUCGAUGAUGAUUUGAAUUUUGAUAAGGAAAAUGAUAGAGAUGUCUUUCCGAAACUUCUAAAGAAAUCUAAAACUGAAGGUAAAGCAAAUACAACACAUAGCGACGUUUUAAUAGGAAGUAAGAGUUUUGGAAAUGCAAUGCUAGAUACAGAAAUUGCUGCGACUGAAACUGAAUAUAAUAAUAGUAACAAAACAUCUUAUGCUGGCUUUCACACAGCAAGUAAAAAACCAAUAAAUAUAUCAGCUGAAGCUUUAGCUAAAAGCAAAGCAAUUUUUAAAGAAAUAGAAGACGAAAAUGUUGAUAUUUCAAACAAAAAUGCCGUAAAUAGAAACGAAAAAGUUCCUGAAUUUAAAGGAUUUCAAACAGGCAGUAAUAAACCUAUAACUAUUUCUGCUAACGCAUUAUCUAAGAGUAAAGAAAUAUUCAAAGACUUGGAUGAGGACUAUGUUAGUAAAGAUUUAAAUGAAAAACCUUUCAAAGGGAUUCAGACAGCUAAUAAUAAGUCAAUAGAAGUCUCAGCCAAAGCCUUAGCUCAAACUAAAGAGUUAUUCAAAGAUAUUGAUGAUAAUUGUAGUGUAAAAGAUGGUAUUAUAACAUUUCAAGGAUUUCAAACGGCAAGUAAGAAGCCUGUUCAAAUAUCUGCUGAAGCUUUGAUUAAAACAAAAUAUAUUUUCAAAGACAUUGAUGGACUUGAAACGAAUGACGUCACUAAGUUUGCAGGAUUCCAAACUUCUAGUAAGAAACCUGUUAAUGUUUCCGAAAAGGCUUUAGCUAAAAGCAAGCAAAUAUUUAAAGAUAUUGACGGCAAAAAAGAUCCUAAUGAAAAUACUGAAAAUAGAGGUACUAUCGCUUUUAAAGGUUUUCAAACUGCGAGCAAUAAAGCUGUUAAAAUAUCAGCUGAAGCCUUAGCUAAAAGUAAAGACUUAUUCAAAGACAUAGAUAAUGAAGACUUUCCUACUAAUCCUUUAAAAUCAACAACAUUAGAAUCUGCAUCUAAAUUCAAAGGUUUCAAAACUGCUAGCAACAAACCUGUACAAAUUACAGACACAGCUCUAGCAAGAAGUAAAGAAAUAUUUAAAGACAUUGAUGCUACUGAGAGUGGACUAGCAAAUAAAGUCAGUGAAUCUAAGUUCGAAGGAUUCCAAACAGCAAGUAAGAAACCCGUCAAAAUCUCAUCUGAAGCUUUGGCCAAAAGUAGGGCGAUAUUCCAAGAUAUUAACGAAGAGAAUCUUGUAGAUAGUCCAACAAAAAUAGAUGAUUUACCCACGUUUAGAGGGUUUGAAACUGCCAGCAAGAAACCAGUACAAAUAUCUAAAGAAGCACUUGCUAAAAGUAAAGCAUUAUUUAAGGAUAUUGAUAACGAUGAUUUGAAUCAAAUAACUACAAAAUCAAGUAAUUUUCAAGGAUUCCAAACGGCUAAUAACAAAUCUGUGAAGGUCUCAGAAGAUGCCUUGGCUAAAAGCAAAAGAAUAUUCGAUGAAUUUUACAGAAGUGAAAGUAUGGAAAAUGUACUCCCAUUUAAAGGCUUCGAAACAGCAAAUAAGAAGAAAGUCAAAAUAUCUGAAGAAGCUUUAGCGAAAUCGCGAGAAAUAUUACAAAGCAAACAUUUUAGUGAUGACGAGUGCAAAGAAAACUUAGAUAACGCUAUUAAAGAUCAAACACACUUAAGAAAUGCAGAUGCAAGUUCGAAGCUUGGUAAAAAUGAUGUUAAAGUCUCAGAGAAUGCUUUUAAAGACCCACGAAAGCUUCUAACAGAUGUAAAAACAGCAAAAAUUGAAGAAAAACUAGAUCAAAGAGUUACAGACAAUUUAGAAAAACUAAUAAACACACAAGUGAUUAGCAAUUUUGAUCAGACUCUUUAUACAGAAGAUUUUUGCAAAGAUUCUACGCCAAUUAAAUCUAAGAGAUCGGGCAGUCCUAUUCUCUCUUGCCCUAGAGCCAAAAGGCGUAAAUUUAACACUCCCUACAGAAAUGAUAAUAAAACAACUACAGUUGAUACUAAAGUUACUCCAAAAAUAGAUGAAAAUUUAAUAUUUAACGAAGACUACAAAAAGAACAAAAGGUACACUCUUAAAGACCUAGCCAAUGUUGAAAAGAAAGACAAAUUGAAUACCGAUCCAUACAUUUUGAAUUUUAGUAUGGAAACGUUAUUGGAUUUCGAAUUUUCUGGGCUUAGAAAUGAUAUAACCAAAGGCAAAUUUUCUAUAGAAGAUCUAAAAGAAUAUUUUCUAAAAGCUGUUAACAAGAAAUUAAUACCUAACGGGUGGUUGGACAAUCAUUUGAAAUUGAUAUUAUGGAAGCUAAUAUCAUACGAAGUGAAAUUCACUCAAACAUUGAAUAGAGUGUGUACAGCGAAAAAUGUUCUAGCACAGUUGAAGUAUAGAUUUGAUAAAGAACUGUACAAUGUUGAAAGGCCAGUGCUAAGGAAGAUUUUGGAGAAAGAUGACGUCGCAUCCAAAAGCAUGGUGUUGUGUGUUGCCGGGAUUUUUGUGGAUGGUGUCAGUGUUACCAGUGUUGCCAACCCAAUAUCAAACGUGGAACUGCUCCUCACAGACGGUUGGUACUGCGUAAAGGCGGUCAUAGACAAAAUGCUGACGAAACUUGUCUAUGAAGAGAAAAUAACGGUUGGAAGCAAAAUUAUGACAAAUGGAGCCGAGUUAGUGAAUUGUGAACAAGGGGUUGCUCCUUGGGAGGACACAUCAUCAGUCCGUCUAAAAAUCUUCGGCAACUCCACGCGCCGGGCGCGGUGGGACGCCCGCCUCGGUCUCCAUGGCAACGCGGCCAUCUUGACCGAGCUGUCAUCUGUCAAGCCGGAAGGCGGGAAAGUUUCGAAGCUCCGUCUGUACGUGACAAGGGUGUAUCCGAUGCUGUAUGUUGAGAAGUUUGAAGACGGGAGCACUGUGACCCGUUCAGAACGCUUGGAGAAUAUACACCAGAUCAAAUACGAGUCAGACAGGCAGACAGCAAUGGAGAAACUGUACGAAGAAGUGGAGAAAGAAUUGUCGGAUCAGGAAUCUCAAGACUCGAUUGGAUCUCAAUUGAAACAUCGAAAACUUUCAGCUGAAUUUAUGACGGAAUCUCAAACCAAAUCCUUAGAAGCGAAAUCCAGCAAGAAAAGAGAGAAGCUUUUGCAGAACAUCCAAGAGAGAGUGAGAAAGAAGCUAGAAGAACGAGGCUUAGAUGUCGGCAGGAACGUCGUUGGAUUGUUGAAGAUACGGGUCGCUGGAGUGGAGAAUAGUGGGGUUACUAAAGGUUUCAUGUCGAUAUGGAAACCGAAUGUUAUGCUGACAGAAAUAAUCAAAGAGGAUUCGUGGAUCGAAAUUAUGAAUGUAGUUCCGACUGCUAUCAGGUGCUCAGAAAUACACCUGUCAGCCGGACGUCAGUCUAUCUUCAGUCAAAGCAAGUACAAAGUGCCCGACAAAUUGAAACCACAUUUUAAAACGCUGGCCCGAAAGUGCUACCCUGUGAGAGACCUCGCACAAAACCCUUCCAUGAUGACGGACUUCAAUGAAAUUGAUACUGUUGGUUUCAUAUUUCAAAUCGACGUAGAAUGUUCGAAACAAUCAUUCCAAAAUGUGUAUCUAUCUGACUGUGAGAAGAACAUUAUUUGCGUCAACUUUUGGGGAGGCCUCAGGAAGUUCGGCUUCCAAAAUUUACUAGAUACAGGACAAAUAAUCUCGUGUACGAAUCUGCAGAAACGCGCUGGCAACACUAGAAAAAGCAUCCCACAGUUCAGGGUUACAGAAUUUUCGUUUUUUACCAAAACUCCAAAAAGUUUAGAAGCUAGGAACAUGAUUAUUGAAUUUGAGAAGAAAAUGUGCGGUGUAGAUAGAAAAAAGUUUUGCGAGGAGUGUGUAAAUAAGAAAAAUAAUUACUCCAAUAAACAUUGUGCAGAAAACGUAUCGCCCUAUCGAUUUCACGAACUGAAUUUGACGAAAAACAAAGUUUUUAUCGACAGUCCCUUAGCAGCCAAAUGUGAAGACAAUUUAAACCUUACCGGCCUAGAUUUUGAGUCCACAUUCCGCCAAGCAGACACGCAAGAACUAUCUCCAAAGAGCAAGGAAAGAAAGAGAAAGGUGAACGAAAAGAUUUCCAGAUUAAAAAUGAUUGGAGAACCACCUCCUUUGAGUCCGAUGAACAUUAUAAACAAGUCAAAGAACGCGUUCAAUUCGUACAAAAGUCCGCUGGCUCAGACCAGUGUUGCCAGUGCGAAAAAAUCCACUGAAAAUAGUAAUAAAAAUUAUAUUCAGUCAAGUCCGAUUAUUUCAAUGAAUAGAACUUAUGUAAAAAAUGUUCACCCUGUUAAGUUAAACUUUUCUAACGUACAAGAUAAUUCUUUGGAAGAGGAGGACCAAUUUGCCGAGGAAUUCGAUGGCAGCCCACCUUUGAGUUUAGAAUAGAGAGA